CCUACUGAAGCCCCGCCCGACCGUUCAAGGCGAGAGUCGCUCCAGAAAACUUCAAUCUCGCCCCGGAGCCUCGGACUGAGGAACCCGCCGGAUACCGGGGAGUGUGGAGCUGAGACUGGAGCUCGGGACCGCGGCAAAUACCUGCAUUGUGGCCUCACAGACCUGCGGCUGCUCCGGGGCCCCUAGAACUCAGCUGGGGCCCCUCUGGUCCCUCAUGUACCUGCUAUGACGUCACUGGCCCUCCCUCCUCUCUGCCCCAAUUAACCCUGUGUGCCCGGGACUCAGCUGCACAUUUAGGGGACAUUUAUCUGCCCCAGGGCAAUUAGUGGGGCAAUUAGUGGGGCAGUUCCCAGACUGAGGCCUGACUAUUGGUUGUGUCUCUCCUGGACUCAAGUCUGUCUGUCUGUCCAUCUGGAGCAUUUCUGGGGGACUUGUGGCCCUAAGGAUCUCUGUUCCCUUGGAGACAGGGGUGUUACUGCCCCACUGAGCUUGGGGGGCUGCACAAGACUCUCACGUGCCCCAGAGAUUAUUGGGGGGCUGCUGGAGGCCUCUUGGACUUGACAACCCAGGAUUUGGGGAGAUGAGAAGAGAUGUCUGAUAAAAUGUCCAGUUUUCUCUACAUUGGGGACAUUGUGUCUCUCUACGCGGAAGGAUCAGUCAAUGGAUUUAUCAGCACCUUGGGGUUGGUCGAUGACCGCUGUGUGGUGCAUCCGGAUGCCGGUGAUCUGGCGAAUCCGCCAAAAAAAUUCCGAGACUGUCUCUUUAAGGUCUGUCCCAUGAACCGAUAUUCAGCGCAGAAGCAGUUCUGGAAGGCGAAACAAGCGAAACAGGGAAACAACACGGAGGCGGCUCUGCUGAAAAAACUGCAGCACGCAGCAGAACUGGAACAGAAACAAAACGAGUCUGAAAACCGUAAGCUCUUGGGGGAAAUAGUGAAAUACAGUAAUGUUAUACAGUUACUGCACAUUAAAAGCAACAAAUACCUCACAGUCAACAAGAGGUUACCUGCGCUGCUCGAGAAAAAUGCGAUGCGCGUCUCACUGGAUUGCGCUGGAAACGAAGGCUCCUGGUUUUAUAUUCAGCCCUUCUGGAAACUCCGGAGCGAAGGCGACAAUAUUUUGGCAGGAGACAAGGUGGUGUUGAUGCCAGUGAAUGCGGGGCAGCCCCUCCAUGCCAGUAGCAUUGAGCUGUUGGAUAACCCCGGCUGUAAGGAGGUCAAUGCUGUGAACUGCAACACCAGCUGGAAAGUGAACCUGUUUAUGAAAUACAGCGACUAUAGAGAUGAUGUCCUUAAAGGGGGAGACGUCGUCCGGCUCUUUCACGCGGAACAAGAGAAAUUUCUCACCUGUGAUGAGUAUGAGAAGAAGCAGCACAUCUUUCUGCGCACCACCUUGCGCCAGUCAGCCACCUCCGCUACCAGCUCCAAAGCCUUAUGGGAAAUAGAGGUUGUUCACCAUGAUCCUUGUCGGGGAGGAGCUGGACAGUGGAACAGUCUGUUUCGCUUUAAGCAUCUGGCCACCGGGAACUACUUGGCUGCAGAGAUAAAUCCAGAUUAUCGGGAUGUCAAUGACACGAGAGCCACGCGAGAAGGAGAACUUCCUGUGCACAAGAGGAAAUGGCAGGCAGGGGAGAAGAUUAUGUACACACUUGUGUCUGUGCCGCACGGAAAUGAUAUCGCUUCUCUCUUUGAACUGGACGCCACUACUCUGCAAAGAGCAGACUGUCUGGUACCCAGGAACUCAUACGUCCGACUGCGCCAUCUGUGCACCAACACGUGGGUGACCAGCACCAGCAUUCCCAUCGACACCGAGGAGGAGAGACCGGUGAUGCUGAAGAUCGGAACGUGCCAGACCAAGGAAGACAAAGAGGCGUUCGCCAUCGUUUCCGUCCCGUUAUCCGAAGUCCGUGACCUGGAUUUUGCCAAUGAUGCCAACAAAGUCCUGGCUUCAACCGUGAAGAAACUGGAAUACGGGACAAUCACCCAGAACGAGCGACGCUUCGUUACCAAACUGUUGGAGGACCUGAUAUUCUUCGUUGCCGGUGUCACUAACAAUGGGCAGGAGGUUCUGGAUGUGGUGGUCACAAAACCCAACCGCGAAAGACAGAAGUUAAUGAGGGAACAAAAUAUUCUGGCCCAGAUCUUUGGGAUCCUGAAGGCUCCAUUCAAAGACAAAGCCGGUGAAGGGUCCAUGUUGCGGCUGGAAGAUCUGGGUGACCAGCGAUAUGCACCCUAUAAAUAUAUCCUUCGCCUGUGCUACCGGGUCCUGAGACAUUCACAACAGGACUACCGCAAGAACCAGGAAUACAUUGCCAAGCACUUCUGCGUCAUGCAGUCCCAGAUCGGAUACGAUAUUCUAGCGGAAGACACCAUCACGGCGCUGUUGCACAACAACAGAAAACUCCUGGAGAAACACAUCACCGCUAAAGAGAUAGAGACCUUCGUCAAUUUGCUGAGACGGAACCGGGAGCCGAGAUUCCUGGACUACCUUUCAGAUCUGUGCGUGUCCAACACAAUGGCGAUCCCCGUCACCCAGGAGCUCAUCUGUAAAUUCAUGCUGAGUCCGGGAAAUGCGGAUAUUCUUAUUCAGACCAAGCUGGUCUCCACGCAGAUGGACAACCCUUUAGAAUGCUCAGUUCUACCCGAUGACAUGGACGACGAAGAGGUCUGGUUGUACUGGAUCGACAGCAACAAGGAACCACAUGGGAAAGCAAUUAGGCACCUGGCACAAGAAGCCAAGGAAGGGACCAAGUUAGAUCUGGAAGUCUUGACUUAUUAUAGGUACCAGCUAAACCUCUUUGCCAGGAUGUGCCUGGACCGCCAGUACCUCGCCAUCAACCAGAUUUCCACCCAGCUCUCGGUAGACCUGAUCCUCCGGUGCAUGUCCGACGAGAGCCUUCCGUACGAUCUGCGGGCAUCCUUCUGCCGCCUCAUGCUCCACAUACACGUCGACCGGGAUCCCCAAGAAUCUGUUGUUCCGGUGAAAUACGCCAGAUUGUGGACAGAGAUUCCGACCAAGAUCAGCAUCCAUGACUACGACUCCUUCACAGACUCCUCCAGAGACGAGAUGAAGAGGAAGUUUGCCCUCACCAUGGAGUUUGUGGAGGAAUAUCUCAAGGAGGUUGUGAACCAACCGUUCCCGUUUGGGGAUAAGGAGAAGAAUAAACUUACCUUUGAGGUGGUCCACCUGGCUCGGAAUCUCAUCUAUUUCGGAUUCUACAGUUUUACUGAACUCCUCAGGCUCACGCGAACCCUCCUGGCCAUCCUGGAUAUAGUUCAGAGUCCCAUGUCCUCCUACCUGGAGAGGAUGAGUAAAUUCCAAGAUGGAGGUAACAAUGUAAUGAGAACCAUCCACGGUGUUGGGGAGAUGAUGACUCAGAUGGUGCUCAGUCGGGGUUCGAUCCUGCCCAUGGCCAUUCCUGAUGUCCCAGCCGGUCUUCACUCCAGCAAACAGGGCAGCUCCAUCGAUAACGAGGAUAUAACCGUCAUGGACACAAAGCUGAAAAUCAUUGAGAUCCUACAGUUCAUACUCAGCGUGCGGCUAGACUACAGAAUAUCCUACAUGCUCUCCAUUUACAAGAGAGAAUUCGGGGAUCAGGGAAACAGUAUUGAGAACUCAACAACCUCUCCCCCUGAACUGCUGCCGCCAUCAGUUGGGGCUCCUGAUAUUGACGAAAUCGCAGCCCAGGCAGAGACCAUGUUUGCUGGGAGUAAAGAGAAGAAUCCGGUGGAAUUAGAUGACGAGGGGGGUCGGACAUUUCUGAGGGUUCUCAUCCACCUGAUCAUGCACGACUAUCCCCCCCUGCUCUCCGGCGCCCUCCAGCUGCUGUUUAAGCACUUCAGCCAAAGGGCCGAGGUCCUUCAGGCCUUCAAACAGGUCCAGUUGCUGGUGUCCAAUCAGGAUGUCGACAAUUACAAGCAAAUCAAAGCCGACCUGGACCAGUUACGGCUGACGGUGGAGAAGUCUGAACUUUGGGUUGAAAAGAGCAACAGCUACGAGAGUGAAGAACUGGGGGAAGGACAAGCCAAGGAUCGGAAAGAGCAGAUCAACGAGGAGACGGGUAUCCUGAGCCCAUUGCAGGACGGGACGAAAAAGCCCCAGAUUGACAGCAAUAAAGCAAAUAAUUACAAGAUAGUCAAGGAGAUUCUGAUCCGACUGAGCCGACUCUGUACUCUGAGCAAGAAGGGCCGCAAUCAGCAACAGAGACUGUUGAAAAACAUGGGGGCCCAUUCUGUUGUACUGGAUCUUCUGCAGAUUCCCUACGAGAAGACGGAUGAGAAGAUGAAUGAGAUUAUGACUCUGGCUCACACCUUCCUACAAAACUUCUGUCGGGGGAACCCACAAAAUCAGAUCCUUCUGCACAAGAAGCUCAAUCUCUUCUUAACCCCCGGGUUGCUGGAGGCAGAAACAAUGCGCAACAUCUUCAUGAACAACUAUCACCUGUGCAACGAGAUCAGCGACCGUGUGGUGCAACACUUUGUGCAUUGUGUCGAGACGCACGGCCGCCAUGUUGAAUACUUGCGCUUCUUGCAGACCAUCGUCAAGGCUGAUGGGAAAUACGUGAAGAAAUGCCAAGACGUCGUUAUGACUGAGUUGAUCAAUGGAGGAGAAGAUGUGCUGAUCUUUUACAAUGAUCGGGCCUCAUUUCCGGUGCUGCUGCAGAUGAUGAGUUCGGAGCGAGACCGCGCAGACGAGAGUGGCCCGUUGGCCUAUCACAUCACCCUGGUGGAACUGUUGGCAGCUUGUACAGAAGGAAAGAACGUGUACACGGAAAUAAAGUGCAACUCUCUGCUGCCCCUGGAUGAUAUUGUGAGGGUCGUUACACACGAGGACUGUAUCCCGGAGGUUAAAAUCGCCUACGUCAACUUUGUCAACCACUGCUACGUGGACACCGAGGUGGAGAUGAAGGAGAUUUAUACCAGUAACCACAUCUGGAAACUCUUUGAGAACUUCCUGGUGGACAUGGCGCGGGUGUGCAACACAACCACAGACAGAAAACACGCCGAUACCGCGCUGGAGAAGUACAUAACGGAAUCAGUGAUGAACAUUGUUAGCGGCUUCUUCAACUCCCCAUUUUCUGACAACAGCACCAACCUGCAGACACAUCAACCAGUUUUCAUUCAACUUCUCCAAUCAGCAUUCAGGAUUUAUAACUGUACUUGGCCGAACCAGACACAGAAAGCCUCAGUGGAAUCCUGUAUAAAAACGCUGGCAGAAGUUGCAAAGAACCGUGGAAUGGCUAUUCCCGUAGACCUGGACAGUCAAGUCAACACACUUUUCAUGAAGGUCCAUUCUAACAUGGUGCAGAGAGCAGCCAUGGGCUGGAGGAUAACUGCUCGCAAUGGGCCCAAAUACAAGGAGGCACUGGGAAGCCCAUCCCUGGACUACAAGACCAUCAUCGAGAAGCUUCAGGAUGUCGUGGCUUCUCUAGAGAAUCAGUUCAGCCCAAUGUUACUGGCUGAGUUUUCUGUUCUGGUCGACGUCCUGCACAGCCCCGAGCGUCUGUUUCCUGAUGGCAGCGACGCACGAAUUCGUUGUGGGGCCUUUAUGUCCAAGCUCAUUAACCACACCAAGAAACUGAUGGAAAAAGAGGAAAAACUUUGCAUCAAAAUUCUGCAGACCUUGCGGGAGAUGUUGGACAAGAAAGAAAGUUUUGGGGAGCAGGGCUCCACACUUCGAAAAAUCUUGUUGAAUCGAUAUUUCAAAGGAGAACAUGGAUCGGCCCCGAACGGGCCACUGUCUGUAGCGUAUGGAAAAUCUGUGCCGACUGGAGCCUUUUCCGGGCCGGAUUCAGAUAAAUCCGGAGCGUCCAUAUCGGAAAUUCAGUGUCUUCUGGACAAAGAGGGGGCGUCGGAGCUGAUUAUCGAUGUCAUCGUGAGCACCAAGAACGACCGGAUAUUCAUAGAGGGCAUCUUGUUGGGCAUCGCGCUGCUCGAGGGCGGAAAUACCCAAAUCCAGAAUUCCUUCUAUAAACAGCUGGAUAUGCAGAAGAAAUCGGAGAAAUUCUUCAAGGUCCUUUAUGAUCGUAUGAAAACCGCGCAGCAAGAAAUCCGAGCGACCGUGUCCGUCAAUACCGUCGAUCUGGGCACCAAAAAGAAGGAGGAAGAUUAUGACUCUGUGUCCCUUCCCAAACGGAGAGUAAGAGAUUCUCAGUUGCACCUUAAAGAAGGGAUGAAGGGGCAACUUGUUGAGGCCUCCUCUGCCACCUCCAAGGCCUACUGUGUGUACCGGAAGGAGAUUGAUCCAGAUAUAGACAUGGUGGGAUCUGACACUGGCACAGGAGAAGAGAAAAGUGCAGAGGAAUCUGCUGUAAUGAGCCCAGUUAUUGCCAUUAUGGAGCCCAUCCUGCGGUUCCUCCAGCUGCUCUGUGAGAAUCACAACCGGGAACUUCAGGUAUAUCCCUGUGUAUCGGGGAAACAGAUCCCUGUGUAUCGGGGGGGGGAACAGAUCACUGUGUAUCGGGGGGAACAGAUCCCUGUGCCAGUUGGGUCGCAGAUAUGUACAGUUGCACAUUGUGAUCACUGGAUCCGCUCCUCACAUCUCAUUCCCUAUCCGCAGAACAACGCAUCCAAGCUCCUCCUGGCGAUCAUGGAGAGCCGGCACGACAGUGAGAAUGCCGAGAGGAUCCUGUACAACAUGAGGCCGGGGGAACUGGUGGAUGUGAUAAAAACAGCCUAUAAUCAAGGCCUGGAGGGGGAUAAUGAAGAACAUGGGCCUGAAGAUCAAGUGUCACCCAAGGCCGUGGGGCAUAAUAUUUAUAUCCUGGCACAUCAGCUGGCACGGCACAACAAGACUCUGCAACACAUGCUAAAACCAGGACUGGAUCCAGAAGAAGGCGACGAGGCGCUGAAAUACUACGCCAAUCACACGGCCCAGAUAGAGAUUGUGCGGCACGACAGGACCAUGGAGCAGAUUGUGUUCCCGGUGCCCAAUAUCUGUGAGUUUCUGACCAAGGAAUCCAUGUGUCGGGUAUUUAACUCUACGGAGCGAGAUGAACAGGGCAGUAAAGUGAACCACUUUUUCCAGCAGACGGAGGAUCUGUAUAAUGAGAUGAAGUGGCAGAAGAAGAUCAGAAAUAAUCCCGCCCUGUUCUGGUUCUCCCGUCACAUCUCCCUGUGGGGCAGCAUCUCGUUCAAUCUGGCCGUGUUCAUCAACCUGGCGGUGGCGCUGUUCUAUCCCUUCGGUGAUGAUGGGGACGAAGGAACCCUCUCCCCAUUAUUUUCGGUGCUGCUGUGGGUCGCGCUGUCAGUCUGUACGACCAUGUUAUUUAUGUUGCCCAAACCAUUCGGUAUCCGACCCUUCCUGGUGUCGGUGAUGCUGAGGUCCAUUUAUACCAUUGGUUUGGCACCGACACUCAUACUGCUGGGAGCUGGCAAUCUUUGGAAUAAAGUCGUGUUUCUUGUGAGUUUUGUUGGGAACCGCGGAACGUUCACCAGAGGCUACCGGGCAGUUAUAAUGGACAUGGCGUUUCUCUAUCACGUGGUUUAUGUGAUCGUCUGCAUGCUCGGCCUCUUCGUUCAUGAGUUCUUCUACAGCUUCUUGCUGUUUGAUUUGGUGUAUCGGGAAGAAACCCUGUUGAACGUUAUUAAGAGUGUGACAAGGAACGGUCGCUCCAUCAUUCUGACCGCCGUGCUCGCCCUCAUCCUCGUCUACCUCUUCUCCAUUAUCGGCUUUCUCUUCCUGAAGGACGACUUCAUCAUGGACGUGGACAGGCUGAAGACCCCAGAUCUGCGACACGGAGAAAUCAGAACAUCACCUCUGACCACCAUGAUGAACACCUGUCAGAAGGAAAACUGUUCCACAACAAUAACUAUUCCAGAUUUAGAUGAUGUUGAUGAGGAAAGCAGGGAGCGGGCGUGCGACACCCUCCUGAUGUGCAUUGUCACCGUGUUGAACCAGGGGCUGCGCAAUGGAGGAGGAGUGGGUGAUGUUCUGCGGAAACCUUCGAAGGACGAGCCGCUCUUUGCUGCCAGAGUGGUGUACGACCUUCUCUUCUACUUCAUCGUCAUCAUCAUCGUCCUUAACCUCAUCUUUGGAGUCAUCAUUGACACCUUCGCCGAUCUCAGGAGUGAGAAACAGAAGAAAGAGGAGAUCUUGAAGACCACCUGCUUCAUCUGUGGACUCGAAAGAGACAAGUUUGAUAAUAAAACGGUUUCCUUUGAGGAGCACAUCUUGUCUGAGCACUGCAUGUGGCACUACUUGUACUUCAUCGUGCUGGUAAAGGUCAAGGACCCCACGGAGUAUACAGGACCUGAGAGCUACGUUGCGCAAAUGAUAGUGGAGAAGAAUCUUGAUUGGUUCCCACGGAUGCGAGCAAUGUCCCUGGUCAGCAGCGAGGGGGAGAACGAGCAGAAUGAGAUACGAAACCUGCAGGAUAAACUGGAAACCACCAUGAGUCUGGUCAAGCAGCUGUCGGGCCAACUGGCUGAGCUGAAGGAGCAGAUGACAGAACAGAGGAAGAAUAAGCAGCGACUGGGAUUUUUGGGAUCAAACGGCCCCCAUGUCAAUCACCACGUGUCUCCCCACUGAGAGAUGCGACUCUUCUCUUCCCGAUUCCCUCUGAGAUAUGGAAUAAGUGGGGCGCAGUGGGGGGCAGUUGAUGUGCAGAGAUAGAGAGACCCGAUUGGUGGGACGUCAGGGAUUGACAUUUGCUCUGCUGCCCCCCAUUGCUGGACAUAACGGCCCCAGAGGGAGUCUCACUGUACAGACUGUAACAGACUCAUUUUUUAAAAAUGAACUUCCCCUUUAUAUCCGAGUCCGUGGGUCGGAGCAGAUUUGCACUAGAGGUUUAGCUGGAAAGUUCCGUCAGGCGGGGAGGGGGCUGCUGUUUCUCCCUCUUCACCCCUCUAAUGGUUAAUCGCUGCUACUUUAUUACUAACGACUCCCUGCACCCUCAUUACUUCUGGCCAAUCAGUAGCUCCAGUUCAUCUCUUUCUUCUCAGUGGGGGGCAGUUGUAUUUCCCACUGUGUGUACAUAUGGUCAGGGGGUGCAUUGCCUAUGGGGGGCUGUUUAUUUGAUGGAGGGGGACUCAGUAUUUUAUUUUGGUUCAUAAAGGGAGAAACUUGGAUUUUGCAGACAGAUAAAUAUUUUGUAUCUUAAUGAGAGAAGGGGGUGUCCUUAUUUAUAGCCGAUGGGUUUCACUUGGGCCCAGUUGGGAAUUCUGCCUUCUGACAAAAGGACAAGUUAACCGCUUACAUUUAUAUUUUAAAUAAAUUGGAGGAUGGAAAUAAUCUGAGCAACUUUGCAGUUGGUCUUGUUAUUCUUCCUCUGUCUCUCUCUAGUGACCCUAGCAACCAGGAAGCCUAUUGACUGCCAUUCUGCCAUUGGUUCCAGAGUGAUGUCCUUAUUUAUGGCUGGUUGCUAGGGACAGUGACCCUAGAAACAAGACAGCAGCUUUCAGUAAAAAGAGGACCAACUGCAACAUCACGCUAAGAGUUCAUUGUAAGUCUGGGAAAAUGACAGAAUUGCUGAUUUUGCACUAAGUGUCACCCGUGUGUCUUUUUGUGCUUGUUUUAAGGGGUGGGGGGACCCCAAAUCAUGUGACUCUUCUAUUUCUGGAGGGAGCAGGAUACUAACAUGUAGCGGGAAAAGGUUUUCUACACCCAAACGCCUUUAUAAUAAACUUCCAGACUGUU